UUCAAUAAUAUGCAAUUUAAUGUAUUUUAAGACGACCGUAAAAGAUUAUCUUAAACAACUCGCAUGCUUAAGAUUAUAUUGUUGUUGUUUUUUGUUUGUUUGUUUAAAAAUAACUUUAUAUUUAUGCAUACAUAUACUCUUGUACCUUUAGAACGAAUAUCUUAUUUAUUAUACCAUCAAGUAUUUAACAUUCUCAUUGCUUUUGUUAACCAUAAUUAUUAUUUCAUUUCUGUUUGAGCACAUUCCACUAAUUACCACACUCCGCAGUAAUGAUAGCAGGGUGAAUUCUGUACGUAUGUAAUAGUUAUUUAUGAUGAGAAAAUGUAAAUUAACACUUAAAUGAUUCUAGAAGGUUUUUAUACAUUAUGGAAAGAUAAUAUUCUUCGUUGUGCAAAUUUCCCGUGCAAAUUGUCAAGUAUAGACGUAUUUAUUUGAUACUCUCAUCUUUUUAACAAUUUUUCAUUAUCUCUAUUUACGUUUGACUAAAAUCUUUUAUUUAAUAUAUGUAAUUAUUGUUCUCACAUUUUGUAGAUAUUUAUGUGGCAAUGCAUUUUCUAUACUUUGAAAGAAUGUAAAAUAACAAUGUAUAAAAUUCAUAUAUUGAACAAAAAUAAAGAAAUGUACAAAAAUAUAUAAUUUAGUGAAAUACAUAUUUACGCUACUUUUAAGAAAUUCAAAUUGAGUGUUCUGUCGGUUGGAAUUUGUACUUUUGUAGAAAUACUAAGACGCUUCGUCAAAACAAUGUUGCUAUUUAUAAUAAGUGAUUUUUUUUAUACAAGUUUAUGCAACAAUAUUAUAAGAAAUGCAGUCCAUUAGCGAUACCUAGCAACAAUAACAUUACUGUAUUUGAUAUUUAAUAUACCAAGCGAUAUCAGACUCGUUGGAAAAAUUACCUAAAUAGCACAAAUCUGUUGUUUCUAUAGCUAUUAAUUUGUAUCAUAAAAUAUUUUUUUAUUUAACAAUUAAUACGCAUAGAUAUAUACUAUGAGCAAGCUUGAGUGCAUAUUGUCGAGUAUAUAAUUCUUCAAUGACAUUUGUAAAAUAAUAACUUAAAAAUCUUCAACAGCAUCAUCUGAGAUUGUUUUGAUACAAUCGAUAACCUCCGACGAACAUUUAAUAGUCGGAUUUUUGACUAAUGGAUCACAAAAUGGUUUAAAUGCUGUAAAACUUCUUUGAAGUUCAUGUCGGUCCAUGAUUUUUUGACAAUAAUAUCUCCGUUCUUAAAAUUUAUCAAUUUAUUAAUUUUGAUCUCCGUUAGUGUGUGUGCAUUAAAUCUUUGUAAACAUUUUAAAUAACUCUUUUAUUAUAUUUGUUCCUUAAUCUGACGAAAAUUAAGUUUUUGCACCGUGUCGGUAAUGAGAAAAUCCGUUUAAGUGCACAGUCGAUAAUAGUCAAAAUCUGUUCUCUCUGCAAAUCCUUAGUAGAAUCCUCCCUAUUUUAUCGAUUAGCCCUUAUGUUUUGAAUAAAUUCAUUUCUUGUUAGAGUAGGAAAAAGAGAGAGAGUCGGUAAUAUAUACACUUAAACAUGCCGUAACGAAAGAGUUAAUAAACGCCUUUCAAAUAAUCUACCUUUAAAGAUUUGUCAUCAAUCAAAUUGACGAGAAGAACAAGUUAUAGUAUUAAACUCUGUCGCAUAGCGACAAGGAUUUUUAAAAAUGAUUAAGAUAUUGUCUUUGGAUGAUUUUCCAUCACCAUCAUUUAUGCAACUGGCCACUGCUGGUAUUAAAUCUGAUGAUGUUAUAUACAACAAUCAUUUAGAGAUGCACAAUGAAAUGCAUCCUCUUUACGAACAUCUACACAAGUAUCCAGUAGUUACUAUUACCAGUGAUAUGCUUGGUACAUGUGAAUCUAUUCGUACUAUGAACAGUGGUUUCUUAUUUCAACCAGUUCAAGACAGCAUCUUUAAAAAGCUUAUAAACAUGUGGAGAGAAAAAGGAUUUACAGAAGCUUUACGUUAUGCUGCAUCUGAGGAUUCGGAUAAUGUAACAAACGUAAUACAUUGGAUAGCUGUAAAUCUCACAUGGGCUUUAGACACUGUAGAAAAAGGUAUUUUUCAAACGGAAGCCUUAUUAGCUACUGGAUCAGGAUCAGUUACUGAUGUAGUUCCUACGCGUGAUUGGAAUAACUCUAUUGUGCGUUGCAUAUCAUGGCAUCCGCAUUGUACUCGCUUAGCAGUUGCAACUAGAGAUGAUAGAAUACGUAUAUAUUCAGAAAACACAUCUGUGAUACCAGUUUUGCGACAUAGUGCUCAGAAGUACAUUUAUCAGUUAAGUUGGUGUCCUAAUGCUGGAAGAGUAUUAGCCGCAGCAUGUCACCAAGGUGUUUUAGUUUGGACAAUUGAACUGGGUGCUGCUAGCAAUAUGCUUAGUUAUGCUAUGUUAUUGAAGCGAAGAAAUCAUACUCCUGUUAACAGUAUAGCCUGGCAUCCACAGGGUGAUCUAUUGGUAUCUAUUUCACCGAAUGAUCACAAUAUGAUUGUAUGGGAUGUUUCUAAAGAAGAAAGUGUGCCAAUAAAACGAGUAGCUGGCGGUGGAUUAUGUCUUGUACGCUGGUCUCUUUGUGGAAGUCGUUUAUUUUCAGCUACAUGUAAAAACAUUUUUAGAGUUUGGCAUACUGAUACACCAAAGCCAUGGUACACAGAAAGAUGGACCGUACCGUCCGGACGCAUAGCUGUUGCUUGUUUUGGGCCAAACUUAGCAUUGAUAUUUGCAUCAAGUGACGAUCCUGUUAUUUAUUCAUUACCACUUGAAGGAAAUAUUUUUGAUACUAAAUCGUCGGUGGAUGAUAUUACUGUAGCAAUCCCUAUAAUCAAUUUAGCCGAAGUCACUUUUACUAAUAAAAAUGAAUCUUCCGUUAGAGUUGGCGGUAAAAUAAUAGCAAUGGAAUGGGAUUCUAUGGGUCGAUAUCUUGCUGUUCUAUUUCAGAACAGUCCAUUGAUUGCUUUGAUAAAAACGAAAAUAUGUAAUUUGGGCAAAGCGAUCGAAGUAAAACCAUUUACUUUUAUUAAAGGUUUACCCGGGGAAUUGCCAAAUUGUAUGAAUUUUUAUCAAAAAUGUCUUACCGAAAAUUCAACAGUUUGUUUAACUAUUGCCUGGAAUAGCGGACGUAUACAACACUUUCCUAUCGUCCAUAGUUACGAUGGAAAAGUAUAAAGUAAAAAUUACAUCAUUUUUCUAUCGGUCUUUGACUCGUCAUUAAUGUCGGAGAAAUAAAAAAAAGAAGAAACUGAAAAAAUCUUCUUAGAAAAAAAAAUGAAAAGAGAGAGAGAAAAAAAGAAACAAGAAAACGCGAUCCAAUGUUAGGGUCUCCGACAUGCUGCUACACGAGUAACGUAUAGGACAUACAAGUUCUCGAGUUUGGUACCUAAUUAUACGAAGUCACACGCUGAGCGCACGUCUUCUAUUUUUACGUUGCUUGACCGAAUACUAUAUACCCCAACAGAAUGUUAUGUAUCCCUAGCUAUUUUCAAUACGUAUUAUAUGUCAUCCGAUUUAUGGAUGUAUAUAAUAUUCCUAUGCAAUGAUACAAUCACGAUCAAUACGAAUAAUAAGUAAUAUUUUGUUUUGUAAUUUAAUUUAAAAUAAUAAUACAAUAAAU